UCUGGGACUGCUGAUCUACUUCCACCCCCCUGGGAAUGCUGACUUCAGAGAUCUGGGCCUGAGGUUGUAUAAAUGCCCUGCAGAGUUGCAGUCCAGCACUCUUGGCCUCCUCACCUCUGCCAGCCUUCUGGGCUCUCCACCCAGCACCACCAGCAUCAUGCUCCGGCAAGCCCUUCUCCUCUCCACCUGCUUCGCUCUGGCUAUGACUUACCCUAUGCUGCUUCAGGAAUUCUUUGCUGACUUAGAGUCAAUCAUGGACAUAGAGUACACUGGCCUCGAGUCAACCAGUGGCCUAGAGUCAACCACCGUCCCCACUGACCUGAAGUCGACAACUGUCCUAGAGUCAACCACAGGCCUAGAGUCAACAAUUGGCUUAGAGUCGACAGCUGGCCCCACUGACCUGGAGGCAACCACUGGCCACACUAACCUGGAGUCAAUCACAGAUCUAGAGUCAACCUCUGGCCUAGAGUCGACCACUGGCCCCACUGACCUGGAGUUGACCACUGGCCUACAGUCAACCACUGGCCUAGAGUCAGCCAUUAGCCCCACUGACCUGGAGUCGACCACUGGCCUAGAGUCAGCCACUGGGUGCAUGAACCUGGAGUCAACCACUGGCCCACAGUCAACAACUGACCUAGAGUCGACCACUAGCCCCUCUGACCUGGAGUCAACCACUGGCCCACAGUCAAUCACUGGCCUACAGUCAACUACUAGCCCCACUGACCUGGAGUCGACCACUGACCUACAGUCAACCAUUGGCUUAGAGUCAACCACUGGCCUAUCAGACUUGACCACUCACCAUGACUUCACUGAAGAUGCAGAAACAACCACUGAAGUGUAUUUGGAGAACACACAGACUUUUGAAGGUGUCACUGCUGGUUAUUCUGAAGAGCCUGUGGCUGAAGCAUGAGAUGACCCAGUAUCUCCAUGGGCAGGAACAAGCCCAAUGCAGUGUUUUUUGUUUAGAAAAUGAAGCAGAUUCUCAUACCUGUGACUGUUGCUCUAUUAAUCACAACUUUCCAAGAAGGUUCCGAGUCUUUGAACAAGACUUCUAUUCCAUCAUAGGAGCUUGGAUAAUUAUAAAAGAUUAGUGAGACAUGGAAUGUACCCACUUGAGGAUAAACAGAGUGGCAGGGAUUGACAAUACACAGACAGAUGAAAGGCAUUUCUCAAACACAUCCUGUUUAAAACAGGCUCAAUAAAUGUUCAUCUGCACUGACUGAAGUUUUGAGGGGGGAGGUUAUUUUACAAGGCAACAUAUUGCUUAGUUGCCUUGUUUUCAUACCAAUAGCCAUUUUAUUCCUCUCUGAUACAUGCUUUAUGUUGUUUAGUUGCUGAGUUGUGUCCAACUCUUUGCAACCCCAUGGACUGCAGCAUGUCAGAAUUUUCUAUCCUUCACUAUCUCCCAGUUUGCUCAAACUGAUGUCCAUUGAGUUGAUGAUGUCAUCCAACCACCUCAUUCCCUGUUGUCCCCUUCUCUGCCUAUCCUCAGUCUUUCCUAGCAUUAGGGUCUUUUCCAAUGAGUCGGCUCUUCACAUCAGGUGGCCAAAGUAUUGGAGCUUCAACUUCAGCCUCAGUUCUUCCAGUGAAUAUUCAGGGCUGAUUUCCUUUAGGAUUGGCUGGUUUGAUCUUUUUGCUGUCCAAGGUACUCUGUAAUCAGACGCUAACUCUUUCUGGCCACAGCAAAGUAUGAAAUGAACCUAUGGAAAAUAUAUUGGUGUUUCUAUUCCUAGUAUAGCAAACUACCACAAACGUAGUAGAUUAAAAUAAUAUAUAAACCUCGUAUUUUAUAGUUUUGUAGCUCACAAUUCUGAAAGGUAUCUCACUGAAUUUAAGACAAUGUGUUGGCAGGGCUGAGUUCCUUUCUGGAAACUUUCUGGAAGAAUCAAUUUCCUUUCCCACUUUCCAUAGCCCUCUUAUGUCUUUGAAGCCAGCAAAAGUUGACUGAUUCUCACAAUAUAUCGCAGAGUCACCAACACCUACCAUGCUGCCCCUUGUCUUCCACAUCUGAGCCCCACCUGGAUUAUCUAGGAAAAUCUCUAUUUCACAGGCAAUUGAUUAAUGACCUUUAUUCCUCCCUUUGCUGUGUAACUCAACAUAUUCAUUGGGCAAGAAUGACACAAAAGUUUGUAAAAUGUUCCAUAAAAAAAAUUGUACAGAAUUAAAGUGUAUGGUAUGAUGAUUUGAUAUACACAUGCAUAGUGAAAAGAUUACCACAAUAAAGUUGAUUAACAUACCUUUCA